CUCCUCUUCCUGCAGCCCCCGCCAUGGCGCCGCGCCGCGCUGCCGCCUGCCUCCUGCCGCUGCUGAUGGCCGCGGCGGUGAGCGCGGGGCUGGGCGGCUACUUCGGCACCAAGUCCCGCUACGAGGAGGUGAACCCGCACCUGGCGGAGGACCCGCUGUCCCUGGGGCCCGUCGCCGCCGGGGCGCGGCUGCCCGCCGCCUGCGCCCCGCUGCAGCUCCGCGCCCUGCUCCGCCACGGCACCCGCUACCCCACGGCCGGGCAGAUCCGCCGCCUGGCGCUGGCCAGCAGCUCCAAGCACCGCUGCCUGCAGAGCAGCGCCGCCUUCCGCCGCGGCCUCGGGCCCUCCCUCAGCCUCGGCGGCGACGAGUCGGAGAUUGAAGUGAACGACGCAUUGAUGAGGUUUUUCGAUCACUGCGACAAGUUCAUAGCCUUCGUGGAGGAGAACGAUACAGCAAUGCACCAAGUGAAUGCCUUCAAAGAGGGGCCUGAGAUGAGGAAGGUUUUGGAAAAGGUAGCAAGUGCCUUGUGUUUGCCAGUGGAGGAGUUAAACGCAGAUCUUGUUCAAGUGGCUUUUCUCACCUGCUCAUAUGAGUUGGCUAUAAAAAAUGUGACCUCCCCAUGGUGUUCACUCUUCAGUGAAGAGGAUGCCAAGGUACUGGAAUACUUGAAUGACCUGAAGCAAUACUGGAAGAGAGGAUAUGGCUAUGACAUCAAUAGUCGCUCCAGCUGCAUUUUAUUCCAAGAUAUCUUCCAGCAGUUGGACAAAGCGGUGGAAGAGAGCAAAAGUUCAAAACCCAUUUCUUCACCUUUGAUUGUACAAGUUGGGCAUGCAGAGACACUUCAGCCACUUCUUGCUCUUAUGGGUUUCUUCAAAGAUGACGAGCCUCUCAGGGCAAACAAUUACAUCAGGCAAGCGCAUCGGAAAUUUCGCACUGGCCGGAUUGUGCCUUAUGCAGCCAACCUGGUAUUUGUGCUUUACCACUGUGAUCAAGUGAAAACCUCUAAAGAGGAGUAUCAAGUGCAGAUGUUGUUGAAUGAAAAGCUGAUGCCAUUUCAUCACUCAAAUGAAACCAUCUCUACUUAUGCAGACUUCAAGGACUAUUACAAGGACAUCCUUCAAAACUGUCACUUCAAAGAAGUGUGUGAGUUGCCAAAGGUUAAUAUUACUGCCAUUGAUGAACUUUGAGGGAAUGAAAAUGGAGUGGAUGUUUUGGAAAUUGCUCUUAGUUCUCUUCAACAGAGGUUGUGAACAAGCACUAUUUAUGAUUUGCUGCUGCUGUGUGGACUUUCUAAACUUGCAGAUUUGAUAGCCGUUACUUCCCUGGGUUGUCUUGGUCAGCUGAAUACACUGUUUGUUUAUUACAUAAGCAAAAGUACAAAAGCAAAUUCUGUAACGGGAAUGUCACUGAGUAUUUGUAACAAGUGUGAUGCAAGAUGAAGUGUACCUGUAUGUUUAUGUGUACGAAUAAGUGAUUUCCUAGGUCAUUCCUCUUACGAAUGUGCUGUAGAUAGAUUUAAGAGCUGGGACAAUUUUUUAUGUUGUCAGAGCUGAAGGUGCUUGAACUGAUUCAGUAUUGCUUUGCAUUGCCUUGUUUGUUAGCUAUUGUUUUCCUAAGUCAGGCAUGAAAUAAUAUAAAUCUGUGAGCUUUUUUGUUCCUUUUCCUGAGCCUUUAGGAGGGAGAGGGUACAAACUCCUUCUCCACAGCUGACCAACUUCUCCCUGGACAGCACCACGUGAACAUCUCACUUGGGGACUGAAAGCAGGAGGACUUGCUGUGUUCCUGUGUGCAUUACCUGCCUGAAAAGGGCCUACAAUUUACAGAUCUUAAAGUCCUCAUCGACCCAUCCAGGAUAGCAAAUUAGCCAGCAGGGUAAGUAAGUUCUCAACAAGAAGGAGCUGGGGAAGAGAGAGUGAGUGGGAAAUAGCCACUUUUCCGUUGAAGUGCUCCGGGAUAGGCAGCAGUUGUUCUCUCAGCUGUCUGGUGUUUCCUGUUACUUGACACCACCAAUUCCUUGUGUUAAAUGUUUGGGCUGGGGCUUUCAGGGUAGGCUCUGUUAGGGGUGUGAACACCUUGGUUCUCCUCAAAUGCUGGCAGUUUUCUUAGAGCCUCUGGUUGGAAGGGACCUCUGGAGGUCUCCAGUCCAUCCUCCUUGAAACAGGAUUAUUGCUGACCCCAAAUCUGGACAAGCUUCUGACUUUGAAAGGUAUCUGUCUGAGACUUGACUUCUGCUAGCAUUAAAGCACUGAACCUGGUAUCACUUACAUAGGCCUUCUAUAUUUGACAUGCCAGCUUGUUCUUGAAAUAAAGCUGGUUUUAAAGAAGUGAAUUACAUAAAGGUACCAGUGAUCUUAGAGUUUCUGCACUUAAAGCAGGUUUACUUGCUGCUGAAAAAUUGAGAGUAUUUUAGAGUACUACAGUAUAGCAGAAAAAGGAAUAGUGAAGAUGAUUGUCCAGAAAUGCCUGAAAUAAAAAAAAGCAAGUCAAGUUAAAAUCCAUCCCUUCAUUGUCCCUAAGGGAACAGCUGGGUGAACAAGCUGUCCCAAAACAAAUGAGGGUGUGGUUUUAUGGUGCUGGCAGCUCCUGAAAUGAGCACUUGCACCCUAUAAUGAGUGCUCCAGAGCUCAGCCCAUAAAGUGAGGGGUAGUUUGCUGUGUUCACUGAGGGGGGUGAAGGGGCGGCAUAAGCGGUUACAGCAGGGUACUGUAUGCAAUAUAGACAUUUAUACCCUCAUUUACUUCAGGGUAGCCUCACCUGCAGAACUGAGAACUUAACUGCUGAAAAAAAAAAAAAAAAAA